AGGGCAGGAAGGAAGCGGAGCCGCUCUCGAGUUGCAUUCUGUGGGGUGGUUGCAAACCCGACCCCGUUAACCCCAGAGCGCUCAGAGGGACCCGAAAAUGGCCCCGCAAACCCCCCCUGAGCCCCCCAGGUGCUGCUGCUUCAAUGUCAAGACGACGACGGUGGCCCUGGGGAUCUUCCACAUGGUGAUGAGUGUCCUGCUGCUGAUCGAGUAUUCCCUGGAGGUGGCCAAUGGGAAGGGCUUCUGCAAGGACCUGGACAAGGAUUAUUACAGAAUUGGUCCCAAGAAGGAGCGGUUCCUGAUUCCCUUCCUGGCCCUGCAGAUCAUUGAUUUUCUCCUCAGCCUCCUGACCAUGUUCAGCUCCUACAUCCGUGUGCCAGCGGUCAUCUCCGUGUCCUCCCUGGGCCACACGGGCCGCUCCAAGGUCCCGGUGCUGGCUCUGCAGUUGUUGGAUUUCUGCCUGAGCAUCCUCACCCUGUGCAGUUCCUACAUGGAGGUGCCCUCCUACCUCAGCCUGAGGCCUGCGGACACCGGGGGCUCUGUGCCGCCCCUGCAGCAGCUGCCCGCAGAGGACCUGGCCAAGGUGAUGCUCACCUUCACCAUCGCCUUCAUCGCCGUGCUGCUCUUCAAGGCCUUCAUGUUCAAGUGUGUCCUGAGCUGCUUUCGCUACAUCAGAGCCAGCAGGAGGGAGGAGGAGAAAGUGGAGCCACCAGCCCUGGAAAAGGCCGUGCUGCCGUCCUAUGAGGAAGCCCUGGAAUUGCCCUCCAAGGAUUCCCCCCCUCCCUAUGGGGCACUCUGAGCCCUGUCAGGGGGGAGGUGACCCCUGAGCGCCGCCGCUGCCGCUUCCCUCCUGCCACAUUCCCAAUUCUUGGACAUUCUCGAUGCCAGCACAUUCCCAACCCCAGCAGGUUCCCAAUCCUGCCUGAUUCCCAGUGCUGCCACAUUCCCAAUCCCGCCACAUUCCUGAUCCCACCACAUUCCCUAUCCUGCCACAUUCCCGAUCCCGCCACAUUCCCGAUCCUGCCACAUUCCCAAUUGCGCCACACUCCUGCUUCCAGCACAUUUCUGAUAUCAGCAGGAUCCCAAUCCUGCCUGAUUCCCAGUGCCGCCACAUUCCCGAUCCCGCCACACUCCCGAUCCCACCAUAUUCCCAAUCCUGCCACAUUCCCAAUCUCACCACAUUCCUGAUCCCACCACAUUCCUGAUCCCAGCACAUCCCUGAUCUCCCUCAGAGCCCUUCCUGUUUAUCCCAGCCCCGCCAUUGCCGGAUCCCGCUGGGGAACCGCUGGAACUUCAUCCCGCUCCUGCACCUCCCACCUGGCACUUCCAAGCUGCCAUUCCCAAUUUCCUGACCCUGGCCCUGGAUCCCAUCCCUGGAAUUAGGGGCUGCAGAGCUGGCCCGGGGUGGCUCAGUGCCACCAAGGCGCUGUUUGUCACCUGGCCCAGGUGUGACGCAGCUCUGGGACCUUCAAGGGGUGGAAUGGGGGGCAGAACGGGGAAGGAAUUUUCUCUGGGAUAGCCCAGCCCUGGAGCUGUGCUGACCAGAAUUCCCAGAGCCUGGGGGUCAGCCAGAAUUCCCAGGGGUCAGCCAGAAUUCUCAGGGAUCAGCCAGAAUUCCCAGAGCUGGGGGAUCAGCCAGAAUUCCCAGGGGUCAGCCAGAAUUCCCAGAACCCAGGGAUCAGCCAGAAUUCCCAGAGUCCAGGGAUCAGCCAGAAUUCCAAGGGAUCAGCCAGAAUUCCCACAGCAAAGGGAUCAGCCAGAAUCCCCUGGAAUUGCAGCUCCCACCCUUGUAACAAUUGGCAGUGCCCUGGAAUACCCACCCCAGCACUGCUCUCCCAUUUCCUACCCAAGCCAGAGCAUUUUUCCUGCUUUUAGCAUGACUUGAAAGACAAAUUCCAAUUUAAAAAAUCCUGUUAAUGGCUUCCAAACUCUGUGCCUGAUUUCUGCGGGCGGUGCCGAGUGAAGGAAGAAAUCAUCUCAUUUCUAUAAAAAUCAGCGAAAAAUGGCUCUCUUACCUUGGCCUGAUGUAAUUUCCUGUUUGUGCUGCUCAUAAAGGUAAAGCUGAUAUUUCUGUUCUGAUUUCCUGUAAAAUUCUACCCCAUCUGCCUUAUCAGCGCUGAUAAGGAUCCAUGCCCUGCUCCCCGCUGGGGGCUCUGCACAGCUCAGGCCCUGUGGGUGUCACUGAUGGAAUUCAGCACCUGCUGUCCCUUUUUCGGAUCAUUUCCUGCUCUUUUCCAACAUUCCCAGCAGGGAAAAGGCAUGUCUGGGUCGGGUGUAACCAUUCCAGAGCUCAUCCACAGCUCGAAUCAGAGCCUGGGGGGUGAUCUGCUCUGAAACAGAACAAACCAAUGGAACAUUCAACAAAUUCAAUGGAAUAUUCAACAGCAAAUUUCAAUGGAAUAUUUAACAGUAAAUUUCAAUUGAUAUAUUUAACUGCAAAU